AUACAGAAAGCGGAGUCGAACAUCGAGUUCGAAUCCACCACGCACUUACUACUUUAUCCGCCCCGCCACCCCACCGACGUCGCAGUAUCAUAACUUCGACACCCUUUGACCUACGACUGCUUACUUACAUAACAUAAAGCUCGGUACUCGCUCAGCUCAAAUCUCUAUACCCCAACCUCCUCCGUCCCUAAUCACCUCUUGCCCCUACACACACCACACACACACACAGCAACAACCAUGGCCACCCGUCGCCGCAUCAUGAAAGAGCUCGACGACAUGUCCAAAGACCGCGGCAGCGGAAUGCAAGCGGAGCUGGUGGACAGCAACAACAUGAUGCACCUGCGAGGGUGGUUCGCCGGACCUCCGGACUCGCCUUACAGCGGCGGUACAUUCCACAUCGACAUCCAGCUACCCGAGAACUACCCUUUUGUCCCGCCCAAGAUGAAGUUCGAGACUCGAGUGUGGCAUCCGAACAUUUCCUCGCAGACGGGUGCGAUUUGUCUGGACACUCUAUCGCAAAAGUGGUCGCCGGUUUUAAACAUCAAGACGGCGCUGCUGUCGUUACAAUCCCUCCUAGCAACGCCCGAGCCGAACGAUCCGCAGGACGCUGAGGUGGCACGGAUGAUGCUGGAUAAUCCUGUACAAUUCGAGGCGAAGGCGCGGGAGUGGGCGAAGCGGUAUGCCGGUGCCGGUGGGGAUGUGGUGGACGAGGCCGAGAAGAACAGGCGUGAGCUAGACGGAUUCAGCGAGGAGCUUGUGGCGAAUUUCACGGGAAUGGGGUUUUCGACGGGAUCGGUGGUUAAUGCGCUGAGGGCGGUAGGCGUUAAGAGGAGCGUCGCCAGUCUGGGGGAGGAACAGGCGGGGAGAGUCGUGGAUAGACUGGUUUCUGGGUUGUGAAUGAGUGGGGCUGACGUUGCUUAUUUGAAUUUGCGCUGGAAGCGUACGAUGGUUUAGAGGGGCCAUGAUUGAUGAUCA